AUGGCAUCAUUUUUCAUCUCGAUUUGCACUGGCCAGCAACAGCAGCAGCAACAACAACAACAGGGAUAUACAGCUCUGCACAUCGCCACACAAUUCGGCCGGAACGACAUUUUCGAACUGCUGUGCAACGUUUAUAAGGCCGAUCGCGAUAUGCUCGACUGGAGCGGUAAGAAAGCGCUGGAGUACCAGAAGCAGAUGACGAGCGUGUCCGCUUCGACCUACAGCAAAAUCAAGGCCAGGAAAAAGCAUUCAGAAAAAGACUCGGGAUUCCUGAGGAUUGGUUCCCUGAACGUACGAGUGAAGAAAACUACCGAAGCCUUCAGCAACUUUUUGGGAGUUGGCACGAACCAGACCAGAAUGCCACCGGUGGUGGUGGCGCCUGUGAUUAGAUCCAGCGCUCCACCGCUCUUUGCCGAUAAACUACACAAAAACUGGGGCUCGGCCGAUAACAUUCAGGAAGAUGCGAGUAGUAUGCCUCCUCCGCAGUAUGGGGCCGCAAAGAAGCGACGUCAGAAGCGUGAUAUCGCCGGCUAUGAUCCUAAUGUAGAUCACUUUAGCCAGAGCGUUCCGACAACACCGAGCCAGGUGCGGGCACCGGUUGGAACGCUGUCCGAGAAUCCCGAUGGUGAAUCGAUGGGAGACUCGGAUUCCGAUACUGCGUGCGGAUUCGACUCGAACUGGCGGCCAACUUACAUUUGAAGUGCCCAUAUCUGUGUAUCUGUGUCCUCUGUAUUCUUGUUGUUUUUAUCAAAAUAAUGACGAUUAUGAGCGUAACCUCAUAUUAUUCCAAUAAAAUAUUCAUUUCUAACUAAUGG